UUUAAUAAUAAUAUUUUUUAUAAUUAAAAAUGCUGAUGGGGAGAAAGUGGGAGAAAGAAAGCUGGAGAAUGGGAUGAAGUGACUGAAGUUGAAAACAGUACAAAGGUUUCUUGUGACUAUUGUCAUGCUUUGAUUAGCAACAAGAUAGAACGAGUAAAACCCCAUUUAAAACAUUGCCAAAAAAAGUUUUUACACAAGCAUACGGAAAGAGAAAAUCUCAAUUUGUCAAAAUAUUUAAAUAAAAAUUGUGAUGAUGUACCAAAUAAUGAUUUAAAUAUUAAUGCAUCUGCUCUAAUAGAUGGACCAUCAUCUCUAAUAGCUGGACCAUCAGCUCAAGUUGGAAAAAGUUCUUUGGCAUCUGUAAGUUCUAUAAGUUCGUUAACACCUUGUAAGAAGCAGCAGUUGAUGUCAUCGUACACAAUAUCAACUAAUAUGGAACAGAAAGAAAAUAUUGAUAUAAAAAUAGCAAAAUUUUUCUUCAGUGCAAAUGUAUCAUUUAAAACUUCUGAAAAUCAAGAAUUUAUAGACAUGAUCAGUUCAUUCAUCCAGGAUACAAACCACCUAACCGUAAAAUGCUAGGAGGAGAGCUCUUAGAAAAAGUUUAUGAGGAAGUAAACAAAAAAAUGAUGGAUCAACUUACCCAAGAAGAGAAAACAAUAACAAUUAUGCAAGACGGAUGGAGUAGUGUUACUUAUGAUCCCAUUAUUGCUCACAGUGCAUAUGACGGACUUAAUUCUAAAAUUUUAUGCAUUACUGAUUGUGCAUCAAAUAAAAAAACAGCCAAGUAUUGUACCGAACUCUUUUGUAAUGUCAUUAAAGAUCUUAAAGAAACAUACAAUAAAGAAGUAUUUGCUGUGGUAACAGAUAAUGAAAAUAAGAUGAAAAAAAUGAGGGAUUCAAUCAAAGAAACGUAUCCAAAUCUUUUAACAUAUGGGUGUUCUGCACAUUAUUUAAACCUUUUAGAAAAAGAAGUAACACACCCAGAUGUCAUCAAACAUGUGGUUGAAGUGCAGAAAUAUUUUCGUAAUACACAUCAACCGCAUGGAUGGUUGCGUGAGAAAGGAGGGCAUAUGCCUCAGUUACCAAACGAUACUCGAUGAAACUCCCAAAUUGACUGUAUAGAAACAUACAUAAAAAACUACCAAAUUUAUGUAGAAAUAGUAGAUAAUCAUGAUAUACCUAUCAAAAUCAGAAAAAUUAUUGAAAAUCGAGCAAUAUUUAGAGAAGCUAACAGUCUUCAAACCCAACUCAAAAUAUUUGGUGUUGUUUUAGAUCAAAUGCAAAGUGACAGCUGUCACCUAUCCGAAUGUGUUGAGUUGUGGCUCUCACUUUUGAAUAACCCUGAACUAAGUCAUUACCACACAGCUAUCAAAAAGAGAUGUAAUGAUGCUAUGACACCUAUCCAUUAUCUUGCGACCAAUCCUCGCUUUUUGGGUAAAAAUAAGUUUUGCUUAAAAAAAAAAUUGUUUUGAAAAAUUUCUGAAUUUUUUUUUUAUAGGCAAAAACCUGCCGAUUGAAAAUGAAGAUGAGGCUGAAGAAUGGCUUUACAAUCAUUAUCCUGAUUUUGUACCUGGGUUGAUUUUGCUUAAAUUAAAGGAUUGUGAUGCAUUUUCUAAAAGGAUGUUGAGUAAUCAAAUUAUAUCAACAAUAUUGUGCAGUGAUUGGUGGUCUAUCAUUAACCAGAGAAAUGAAAAAUCAAUUCAGAAAAAAUUGCCUGAAGGAUUUUGCAAAUUUAUUUCUAAACUUCAAACGUGCCCUGCUAGCUCAGGAUCAAUAGAAAGAAUAUUUUCUUCAUUUGGUUUUAUUUGGUCAAAAGUUAGAAAUAAAUUAGGAUGUGAAAAGGCUAAAAAGCUUGUGCAAAUAUAUAAACAGUAUCAAAAAUAGUUUAUAGUUUAUGUUUUUACAUUAGAGUUUAUGCUUUUACAAUAUAAA